GGAUGCUUGCUCGUGGGCUGGUGGCAAAUCUAACAAAUCCUAUUGCUUUGGUUCUAAGCUCUAUCUGGAUACCUUUAAGAAAAGCAGCAUUUAUUAUGUACUAAAGUAAAUACUCUGUAUUCUUAGAGUAGGGGUUGGAACGCUUCUAUCAAGGACCUGUUCACUCAGUUUCCCCAAAGCUGUCUCCACAUCGUCUAGCUCAACUGCACAUCAUGACAGACGUUCCCGGGACAUUCGGUCAGGCUGAGUGCAACGGGGAUACACCACCUGAAAACGGUCAACAACCAAUCCCUAAAACAAAUGAGGGAGCCAGUGAUGUGGAUGGCACCCCACCAUACUACCGGGUCGAACGCCGUCUUGAAGACUUACCCACAGAAGGAAAUCAGGAGAAAAAUGAAAAAUUACAAGGGAAUAGGCUUGUCAGCUGGUCCACCGAUGGGGAGCUUCUCAAAGAAAAACCAGAAGAGAAUCUUUUUAUUGUUCAUAAGGCUGUGGCAGAUCUUUCUCUCCAGGAAACGAGUAGUGAUGAAAUGACAUUCAGAGGAGGGUAUCAAUGGAAGAAGAUUCCUCUGAGCGUCAGUAACCAGGAAAUAAGUAGACAGGAAAGGAUUGCUGAACAAUCUCUAGAAGAGAAAGGAGAGGAGGAUGGGAAGAACAAAGCUCAUCAAGCAACUGAAAUUGAAUGGUUGGGAUAUCGGAAACCUAGCCAAGUCGAUGUGUUGCAUUCUAAACAUGAGGAGGAGCAAGAGGUUUGGGAUGAAGAAAUUAAUAACGAUGAUGAUGAUGGUUGCAAUGAUGAUGAAGAUGAAGUUCGAGUGAUAGAAUUUCAGAAAAAAAAUGUUGAAGAUUCCCAAUUAAAAGAUGAAGGAAAUGCAAAUGAGGACUCCCCACUGAGCAGCCCUAGUUCCCAACCUGUGACACCUGAUGAGCAGCCACCCUUUGGGAAGAAGAGUGAUAUCUCCAGAAAUGCUUAUUCAAGAUACAAUACAAUAUCCUAUCGGAAAAUCAGGAAGGGGAACACCAAACAAAGAAUUGAUGAAUUCGAGUCAAUGAUGCAUUUAUAAACUAAAUGGAACUGAGAAGUUCUUGUGCCCACUAAAGCAAAAGCUAAUUCUAUUUUCCUGAGAUGCGUCUUUGCCUGCCUUAUUUGAGUCAUCCCCUUUAAAGACGUGAGAGGUUAACCCCUGCUUCACUGUAGAAUAAUAUGGAAAUAACCCUAGACAAAAUUCAGUCUGGUAACCUCAAUCAAAAUGCUUUAGAUUCAUUCUUGAGCAUUUGCUUUUUAAAACUUUACUAAUAUAGCCUCGUGUGGUAAGCACUAGAUAGCAAAUAGCAAGCACUCUUGCAGACUGUGGCAUGAUUUGGCUUUAAAAGUAGCAACACUGGAAAACACAGUCUUCAAAUGAAAGAGGACUCUUAGAAAUGACCUGUUUUUCUUUUGGUAUCUUUCUUCCUGUACACUGAGGGUGCUGGAAAGACUGGUUCAGUUCUCUUUCUUUUAAAUAUGCUUUUAUAGACUCUGGCAAUAAGCUUUCCAAAAUACUUUGCCUUUCCUAUUAUCUUCAGAAAAGAUUUUAAGUGGUUUUCCUUGGCAUCUACAGAGUGAAAACUCUUGUAUAGGCCUCCUUCCUAGGUGUUAUCAUUCACUGAAUUUUCUCACUAGAGGGGCUGAGCAAUUGUCAGUCAGGACGAUUGUGUUGACUAAAUGUUGGCUUUAUGUUCUCAGGAUGAAUGAAAUUCAUUGUAAGGUUGGUACAAGGAGGGGCUAGAAGAUGGGUGGGCAAUAGAUUAAAGAGUCAGAUAGUUUAUUUCUGUGACGGAAAAUAAAAUCUCAUCUGGCAUAGUUAAAUUCAUUAAAAAUGAAAAUGACAGCUUCGGUGAAAUUUUAAGAGGAUACCUUUCUCUAUUACUAUACUUGCUCUUAUUAAGUCUCUCAGAAGAAUUUUCUUUCCUUAGAAACCCAAGAGAAGUCUCGUCAUAACUGUACUAGUUACUAUGAAAAUGGAAAUAAUUAUCUUAGGGUAUUUUCAAAGUAGAGCGUGAGCCUGUAUUUUUAGUGAGAGAGCUCUGAUAGUUGGGAAUAUAUAAUUUACUGGACCUCAGCCCAAAUCAAGAUGCUUAAAAUUGUACUUAUGGAGCUUCACUCAAACCGGUGUGUCAAAUAAUGUAUUGAAUAUUUAUGAAAAGGGAGAGUCUAUAUUUAUAUUCUUAGAUAGUUUCAUAAUUUUUCAUUUCAUGCUUCCAUAUAUAUCACUCUGAACUUUCUGUCACCACCGUUAAAGAUAUUUUUGGCCCUGCAAAUAAAAAGACAAUUCCUUAUUGUCUGAAUGUAAUACAGUCUUCAUUGUACUAUUCAACCCUUUGUUUAUUUCUUUUUCAUUUUGUGAAAAACCCUGGGUUAGCCCUUCUUAGAUUAUUGCUUAUUUAUGUGUAACAAAUCCUGCACAUUCUAAUGGAAAUUUCUUUAAUUCUUCCUGGUCAUAUAUUUCCAGGGUAUCAUGUACUAUUAUUUACUGUUUACAAGACUCAAUUUUGAAUUCAAGAUUGAAGUGCUCCUUUUAUUCUUUCAAACAGAUAUUUUGCAACCUGAUCACGUAAAAGUUCUGUCACUCUUCAUCGGUGGAACUUAAAGAUUUCAUUCUUGACAAUGCAAGUUCUCAGAAUAAAGCCAGGGAAAUCGGGUCUUUCUUGAUAAAUUUAGGUAGAAGAUUAGUGCACUAGGACAAUUUCCUAUUUAUUUAGAUCCUCUAAAUCAUUCCACCUGGACAACCUAUUUUCUUUUCUGGAUUACUGAUGACCCCUACAAUUUUCCACUUAACUUCAAAACACAGUAUUGUGUUAUCCAUCAUGGAAUAGGAGCAUUUUGUUAACCUACCAUCAGCAGAGCCUAUAUUAUGAACUGUUCCAGCAGAAGUGUUGAAUCCCUGUGGAAUUUGAGUGAGGUGGGUGGGCUACGGCCACCAUCUAUAGUGUGACACGGCCAAGCAACUAGCUCUCAUGGGGAUCCACCGCCUAGUAACCGUGGCCUUUUUAGCUUUGUGCUCUUACCAAAAAUUAACCAACCACAAAAUAUUUUGUCAACAAAGACUUUUUCAGGGUAAGCUCAAGGAGUAAAUGCUUAGUGCUCAUGGAUGAGGCAGUGUAGUUGCAGAAGAGCACUGGAACCAUUCUUUGACAUUAAUGCCCACUGCCCUGUGCUGCCAUCUUACACGAAGGCCACAGACUUGAGUGAUUAUAAGUAACAGGAUGGGGUUAGAUGACUGUUUGAUUCUUUAUAACCUAGGAAAAGCAAGGGUAUGAUUCAGAUUGCACGAGGGAUAUUUGACAUAUUAGACACUCCUAUGGGAUAAAUUAGAACACAAAUUGGUAAUUAUACUGGAAGAUUUACUGCUUUUGUGAUUCAAGCUUUGAGGGUGCAAGAAGGACUCUGGUACCUGGUAGGAGGGAAAUUGGUUUAUUGUGAGAAUGUUGAUAUUUCUUACACGAGUUUUAAUUUUUCUUAGUUUUUGGGUGAACAGGAAUUAAUAAAAAGCUCUGUUUCACAGUCAAUAUAAAAUUCACCUUUCAUAUAAUGCUACAUUUAAAGGCAUGGAAUAUGUCCGAAUCUAUCAUCUGUCUACAACUUAAAUAAAAAAACUGCUGUGUCUGACUUGCUCUCAAUAAAAGUUUUUGUGUCCUUGUU